AUGAAGUUCACUUUUAAAUUUCCACUUUCGACACUUUUGAAAUACAAGCCAGGAAAAUUCAAUUUCCAAUUAGAACAAGAUAUCCGUCAAAAACUAGACUCUUUACCCUCUGUAACGAGGAUUUACACUAACCCAGAUGGUACACCAAGAGUACCUUCAGAUGAAGAGUUCAAGACUAUAGGAGAAUUGCAAAAUUUAUACUACAAGAGAAACCAUUCUGAAUGGAACUAUAUAUUACCAGGUGUUUCCAGAGAUCAAUUAAAAUUGGCCGAAGAUAACUCACAAGACUUGAACCACUUUCAAUUCGUCACCAAGGAUGCUGGGAAAAUUAUUGACAAGAUUCCAUACAAGGAUGAACAAACAGGAAGUUUGAAAUGGAAAGUUAUAAGAGAGACACCAAAGGCUGAGGGAUGGGAAAUUCCAUACUUUUACAUCGUGUUACCAGUAUUUGCCUAUGUGCUUUAUGUCAAAUACACAUCACAGAUGAAGGCAAGAGAAGUUGAGGGUCCAGAUUGGGCUGAGAAGGAGUUGAGGUUAAGAGCUAUGGAAGAAUACUUCCAUGGUGAUACAGCAAAGGCGAAGGAGUUUUUGAGCAAUGAAAAUAAAUCUGAAAAGGAAAUAAGAGAAAGAGAUGAUUUAGUCAUUGCUAGAAUCUUGGCUGGUGAUUAUGAUAAAUUAGCACAAUUGAAAAAGAAAUUGCCAAAGGAUUUGAUCAAGGUGGAAGAAGAUCCUAUCUUCAAAUAUUAA